CGUCCCGCCCCGCGCCUGCGCCGGCCGCGCGAGCCCCGGGGUUGGGCAGCUCACAGUUCCGUGCAACUUUCAAGUUGAGUCGUAAACCCCGCCCCGCAGCCCCGGGCUGCUGGUGGCCGGUGCACCGGACCGCGGUCACCCGCGGGAGCGCAGCGCAGGCGGCCGCCCGCUCCAGCCCCGCGAGGAAGCGCGCCAGCGUCUCCAGCCGAGGCCGCGUUCACCCGGACGGUGGACCGAGGGGCGCGCCCGCCGUCCCCACCCCCCGGAGGCGGCUUCCCGGUCCCCGGGGCCAACCGGCCGAGCGAUCGCGAUCCGGCUUCCCCUGCGUCUCACAGGCCGAGUUGCUGGACUGCGGACUCCCUCCUGGGUUGGGGAGGGGUCUUCCCCCUUCGUCCCCACAAUGGUGUCCUGGAUGAUCUGUCGCUUGGUGGUGCUGGUGUUUGGGAUGCUGUACCCGGCUUACGCCUCCUACAAAGCGGUGAAGACCAAGAACAUCCGGGAAUAUGUCCGUUGGAUGAUGUACUGGAUCGUCUUCGCACUCUUCAUGGCAACGGAGACUGUCACGGACGUCUUCGUGUCCUGGUUUCCGUUCUACUACGAGAUCAAGAUGGCCUUCGUGCUGUGGCUGCUGUCGCCGUACACCAAGGGGGCCAGCCUGCUGUACCGCAAAUUUGUACAUCCGUCCCUCUCUCGCCACGAAAAGGAGAUUGACACGUACAUCGUGCAGGCCAAGGAGCGCAGCUAUGAGACGGUGCUCAGCUUCGGGAAACGGGGCCUCAACAUUGCCGCCUCGGCCGCCGUGCAGGCCGCCACCAAGAGUCAGGGUGCCCUGGCGGGCCGGCUGCGAAGCUUCUCCAUGCAGGAUCUACGCUCCAUCCCCGACGACCCUGCUCCCAGCUAUCAGGAUCCCCUCUACCUGGAGGAACAGGUCCCCAGCAGGCGGCCACCCAUCGGGUACCGGGCCGGGGGCCUGCAGGACAGCGACACCAAUGAUGAUGAGUGCUGGUCGGACACGGAGGUCGCCUCCAAACCACCUGCCCGGCCCAGAGAGAAGCCGCUGAGCCGCAGCCAGAGCCUGCGCACCAUCAAGAGAAAGCCACCCCUGCGAGAGGGCACCUCCCGCUCCCUGAAGGUCCGCACGAGGAAAAAGACUCUGCCCUCGGACGUGGCCAGCUAGGGUCUGUGGAGGCUGGCCUGGUCUUACCUUAUACCUUCCCAGAGGGCACACUUGAAGCUGCCUGCACCCUGGACCCUGCUCCUGCUGCUCCUGAGCUGGCGGUGGCUGCUGACUGCAGGGGGACCCUGCGUCUGGAUGCA